GUCAACAUGGAGUUCGCUGGAGUACUGAAAAGCGCGCUGACUUCAAAACCGGCUGCAUAUGUUAUUGGUGGAACAGCUACGCUAGCUGCAGCAUAUGGUCUUUAUAAGUUAUGUCUGUAUAUGAGCGAAGAAGAUGAAUAUUUUGAGAAAUUACACACGAGUAAAGACCAAAGUGAGCGCCGAGUAUUGAUCAUCGGCCUUGAUGGAGCAGGCAAAACCCGCUUUGCUCGAUGUUUUUGUAAGGGCCGGCGGCGCCUCAGCACAACAGAGGAGACCACGAUUGGCUUCUAUGUCAACUCUGUGAUGCUGGGAUCAAUCUACCUCAACAUGUGGGAUGUGGGAGGUUCCGAGAUGUGCCGGACCUACUGGAAGGAGUUCCUGCUGGACUUGGAUGGAAUCUGUUACGUUGUGGACUCGUCCGAUGCAUCCCGGCUAGUUGAGUCGAGACGGGAGCUGCACGGCUUCCUCACCCAGAAGGGAACAGAGAACAUCCCACUCAUCAUUGUGGCCACCAAACAGGACAAGCCACUAUCAAUCACGCCCGACUUGGUGUACAGCUACAUGCAAGUUGACAACUUUGCCAAGACCCGUCCAAUCCAUCUUGUCUCAGUCCAAGCACCAGACCGUGGCCAGCGCAAGGGAUUCAUGGAAACAUAUCGCAUCUUUGAGAGUCUUCAGAAGAGGCGGAGACAUAAGUCAGAUUGAUCGUAUCGCUUUGACAAAAACAAGCAUAUACAGUUUAUCUCAUAGCUCUUUGACACCAUGAACAGUUUAUCUCCUGUUGUCUUGUAAGCAUGGUGCUUUUAUUUAGUAUGUUUAGUAUACAUUUAAAUUUAUAUCCUGUUUAUCUUUAUAAGACACAGUCUUUAUGAUAGUAUUAACAUUUUACAUUUUAGAUAAUAUUUACAAAAAUAUUUACGAAUCCUUUUAUGUGGAUAAUUUGCAAUAUUUAUGGUUUUGCACCGCUGCAAGUCACGUCAAUGUAUUUAGCAAUUAUUUAUUGGAAUACAUAUCAUAUUUUCAAAGAUGUUUUUAAUCUACAUAUUGGUUGUGAUAUAACAUGGAGCUUUUGACAUGUUUACACAUACAUCUGAAACGUGUGUUUACACAUACAGCCUGGUCAAUAUUUGCUAUCCAGUCAUACAGAAACUCAGUGCUGUAGUCUACAAACAGUAUUUGUUGUACAACAUUGUUUACACAUAUUUCAUGUGCUGUGUUUUAUUAUUUUUAUGUUUUGUUAUGUUUCUUGCCUUUUAUUCCCUUUUGUUGGAAAAAACCUCUUGCAGAUCCAGAGAGAAAGUUCAGGGGUGCUCACGCCAACUUGUGAUGCAUACUUAAACAUUUGUACAUUCAGGAAUUUUAUGAAAGAUCGGUUGUACAAAAUGUAAACAUGUAACAAUGCUAUCACAAACUCAUUCGUGAAAUAAUUUCAACAAAAUUACAUGAUUAUAAAUGAACAUGAAUUGUUCAAUCACAAUUUGCACUUAAACCGGGUCCCUCCUCAUGUGUAGUGAAAGAGGGGAUCUACAUGGUCCAGGUCCCUCCCUAUAUCUAGUGAAAGAGGGGAUCUACAUGGUCCAGGUCCCUCCCUAUAUCUAGUGAAAGAGGGGAUCUACAUGGUCCAGGUCCCUCCCUAUAUCUAGUGAAAGAGGGGAUCUACAUGGUCCAGAUCCUUCCCUAUAUCUAGUGAUAGAGGUGAUCUACAUGGUCCAGGUACCUCCCUAUAUCUAGUGAUAGAGGUGAUCUACAUGGUCCAGGUCCCUCCCUAUAUCUAGUGAAAGAGGUGAUCUACAUGGUCCAGGUCCCUCCCUAUAUCUAGUGAAAGAGGGGAUCUACAUGGUCCAGAUCCUUCCCUAUAUCUACUGAAAGAGGGGAUCUUCAUGGUCCAGGUCCCUCCCUAUAUCUAGUGAAAGAGGUGAUCUACAUGGUCCAGGUCCCUCCCUAUAUCUAGUGGAAGAGGGGAUCUAAAUGGUUCAAGUCCCUCCCUAUAUGUAGUGAAAAGGGGGAUCUACAUGGUCCAGGUCCCUCCCUAUAUCUAGUGAAAAGGGGGAUCUACAUGGUCCAGGUCCCUCCCUAUAUCUAGUGAAAGAGGGGACCUAUGUUGUCCAGAUCCCUCCCUAUAUCUAGUGAAAGAGGGGAUCUACAUGGUCCAGGUCCCUCCCUAUAUGCAGUGAAAGAGGGGACCUAUGUUGUCCAGAUCCCUCCCUAUAUCUAGUGAAAGAGGGGAUCUACAUGGUCCAGGUCCCUCCCUAUAUGCAGUGAAAGAGGGGAUCUACAUGGUCCAGGUCCCUCCCUAUAUGUAGUGAAAGAGGGGACCUAUGUUGUCCAGAUCCCUCCCUAUAUGUAGUGAAAGAGGUGAUCUACAUGGUCCAGGUCCCUCCCUAUAUCUAGUCAAAGAGGGGAUCUACAUGGUCCAGAUCCCUCCCUAUAUCUAGUGAAAGAGGGGAUCUUCAUGGUCCAGAUCCCUCCCUAUAUCUAGUGAAAGAGGGGAUCUACAUGGUCCAGGUCCCUCCCUAUAUCUAGUGAAAGAGGGGAUCUACAUGGUCCAGGUACCUCCCUAUAUCUAGUGAAAGAGGGGAUCUACAUGGUCCAGGUCCCUCCCUAUAUCUAGUGAUAGAGGUGAUCUACAUGGUCCAGAUCCCUCCCUAUAUCUAGUGAAAGAGGUGAUCUACAUGGUCCAGAUCCUCCCUAUAUGUAGUGAAAGAGGGGACCUAUGUUGUCCAGAUCCCUCCCAAUAUCUAGUAAAAGAGGGGAUCUACAUGGUCCAGGUCCCUCCCUAUAUCUAGUGAUAGAGGGGAUCUAC